GUUCUUAAUGCACAGCUAGCUGAAUUAACACAGUUCUGAGCUUGACAGCUAAAACAUGGCUACUGUCUGGAUAAUAGUGAUUCUUUUGAAAUGUAUUCUUAUCGUGAUGGUAAUGACCCAUAGAGACAAGACCCAAACCGAAUUCUGUACACCUAGUGAGCUACUCAACAUAAGGACAAACAAUAAAACACAAAAGGUUAAAAAUGGAACUGUGUUCAAAUUCACAUGCAAACAGGGGUUCAUGAAAAUAAAGAAAGUGGUUUGCAAGACAAACAACAAAGGUAAAGUCAAGUGGAGUACCAGAUCUCCAUGCAUUGGAAUUCCAAAAGUAACAGUGAGUUGGAUGGAGAGCUCUUCGGAAAGUAUCAGUGUGGUCUGGAACCACACAGAGAUUUCGCACCCUGAACUUUUUCUAAAUAUGACGAUGGCUUGUCAACUGAACAGCUCGUUCGGAGGGGACUGUGACCAGCGAAAAAAUGCCUCCGUCUCUCACAACGGGAAGACAAACUGCACCUCCCUCCAGCCGUUCUCCCGCUAUGCACUUGUCUUCACUGUGAACGCUUAUAAAAGCAAGAGCCGGCUCUUCACCAAAAAAGUGGCUCUACCAGAGCAGACCUUCUAUGUGAACACAACUCAGACAGUCCCAGAUAAACCAGAGAUUAAGAGCCUUCCCGAUACCAGCGCAGGACGAAUACAAUGGAAACCACUAUCCGAGUGUAAUGGAAGAAUUCUAUAUUAUGAGCUCAACUACACCGGGAAACGAGACUAUAACGAAACAUUUCAAGAAGAAAGUUCUCUUAUCCUGAACUCUUCAGAGACGAGCUGCACCCUCCCAGGAUUGAAGAGCGGCACUAACUAUUCUCUGGAGAUCCGAGGCUAUACGGAGGCUGGCGCAGGGCAUGCCUCCCGGAGUGAGUUUGAAACAAAGAUAACAGAGCCCGUCCUUCCAGACCUCGCUGGCCUCACUGUGUUUAAUAUCUCUAGUGGAACCGCCUGUGUUUCCAUGACCCCCGUCUCUGACAUAAAUGGACCAAUCAGUUGCUACCAGCUUAUCAUGCAGGAUUUGGGGGCGACUCUGACCAGUAAUCGAAGUGUAUCAGAUGUCUGCCAGGACUCGGAGCUACCCGCUCUCAACCGCACGGAAGCAGGAGCUGUCCUGUAUAUCACUGCAGAGAUCCAGGCAGAAAACCUGACUGAGCGGUCUGAGUUUACAGUAGGAGACGGAGAGGAGCACGGCCCGUAUUUCAAUGCUCCCCUGCGACCAGGGAAGAACUACUCUGUCAUCCUCAGGGUUGUAAGCCGCUGGAAGCAGGAUACCAAGUUCUCCUGUUCAGAAUACAAUCCUUUCUAUGUGCCUUCAGAUGAAGACGAUAUCUCAGACAAGGCUACCACGCAUCUUGCUGCCAUCACUGUUUGUCUUCUGUUUAUUGUGAUCUGUUUUGUUCUGUUAGCUGUUUUACUGAAACACUGUUAUUCAAGGAGGCAGCCCAUUAAGGACCUUAAAAAGCAUGACAACAUGGAAAGAAUAUCUCUACCUCAGAUAAAGCACCCAGACCCUCCUGUGUGCCACUCUGAAACAGAAGUCUCUGUGGAGCAGCUGCUGGAAUAUGUAGUCUGUAUGAAGAAGCUGGGCUGGAGCUGCGAGGACAGAGAAGAGGAUGAACCAGUCGGACUGAGGAAGGAAUAUCUGAGUUUGCCAAAGCAGUUUCCCUAUGCAUGCAGUGCUGCAAAGCAGCCAUCCAAUAAAAAGAAGAAUCGCUAUUGCAAUGCCAUUCCUUAUGAUGCCUCCCGUGUCUUGCUGAAAUGUUUCAAUGAGGACCCCGAUUCUGAUUACAUCAAUGCAAGCUUUAUCAAUGGAUAUGAAAAAACAAACUGCUACAUAGCAACACAAGGUCCUCUGCCCAGCACGGUCACAGACUUCUGGAGGAUGGUGUGGGAGAAUAACUCCUUUGUCAUUGUGAUGCUCACCAGCUUGGUGGAAAAGACCAAGAAAAAAUGUGAGCAGUACUGGCCAGAGGACUGUCAGACUUAUGGAGACGUCUUUGUGUCCUUGCAAGCUGAAGAGCAGAGCACUGAAAUAACCACACGGACAUUUGAUCUGCGGAAGGUUAGUGGCUCACAACACAGAACCGUGAAGCAGUUCCAUUACAGUGCCUGGCCUGAUCACGGGACUCCGAGGAAACCACUGAGCCUGCUCUGCCUGAUCAGACAAGCAAACAGCUGGCUCUCUGCCGGGCCCAUGAUCGUCCAUUGCAGUGCAGGGAUUGGACGCACCGGUGCUUUCAUUGCGAUAGACCAGCUGCUGCACGCGGCAGAGGCAGUCGGACGAGUGGAUGUGUUUCAGUGCAUUUACAACAUGAGGAAGCAGAGGAAAAAUAUGGUCCAGACAGAGGAGCAGUACUUGUUUGUCUAUGACGUGCUGCUGGAGUCGCUGCUCUGUGAUGUCACAGAGGUCCCGGCUCAGCAGGUUCAUCGGCGAAUCAGGGAGCUUCAGGUGGUGAAUCCCAGGACCCGCGUCACUGGUUACCAGAAGGAGUUACAGGCUUUGAACAAACUAUCCGAAGUUUUCCGGGUCAGACCACACAAGGAAGCCUUAAAGCCCACGAAUCGUUCAAAAAACAGGGAUCCCUACAUUUUACCAGCGGAUCAUUUUCGCCCUGCUCUGAUGUCCUUAACCAAUGAUGAUGGGUCACCAGGCUACAUCAAUGCAGUUUUUGCAGAUGGCUUCACAAAGAAAGACAGCUUCAUCAUUACACAGUUUCCUCUAAAGGACACCGUCACGGAUUUCUGGGCUCUGGUUUAUGAUUACAACUGCACAUCUGUUAUCAUGAUGAAUAGACAUGAAGAUCUAGACGAGACUUUCCCAUUGUUUUGGCCGAGGCUGGGAGACUGCACUCACGGACCUUUUUGUAUCAGUAUCUCUUCUGAGGAGCAGAAGGCUGGAUUUACAUCAAGAACGCUGAUGCUCAGUAACACCAAACAGAGAAUGCACCAUGCGCGACAUAUAAAAAUGUUACAGCUGGACGACUGGCCAGUGACAGACCCUCUGCCCAUGUCCCGAGACACAGUCAUCCACAUGUUAGGAGACACUGAAGACUGGCAGAGGAGGAACAAUGGCGGGGCUACACUGGUCAUGUGCCAGGACGGGGCCUCCAGGAGUGGGCUGUUUUGCGCUGCCAGUCAGAUCCGUGAACAAAUCAGAAUGGAGGGAAAGGUGGAUGUGUUGCAGGCGGUGAAGACACUGCGCAGCAGCUGUCCAGAGCUCAUCAGAGACAUGGAGCAGUACACGUUCUGUUACCAGAUAGCAGUGAGGUGUGUGGACUGUCCGAGACUGACCGGAGCAUGAAGGAUCACGCAGUGAAGCCCCGCAACUGGUUAACUGGACUGUAAAGAACUCUGAAAUCCGAUGCCCUGCAGUGUCUGUACAGUGCAGUGUGAUUCAUAAAGAACACACCAUAUUAAAAAUAUAUUCUUGUUUCAGGAUUUAAAGCAGACAAACACAUACAGUACAGGGGUAUUUUCAGUUGAUGUUAACGGUGGUGGAUCUAAAUGCUGUCAAUGCUAAAGUAAUUAAUAAAGGGCUUUACGAAUCAGA